CUCCCCAUUUCCCAUCUUCCCUUCCGGGUCUUACACACCGGAGAGCAAGGUCGUGAAAAGAAGAGGACUUGGUUUGGUACUGUCCUUUCUAUCGUCUAGGGGCUCUGCGCUUUUCGCAGAACUUCCAACAGCGCUAUGUUGGGACAGAGCAUCCGGAGGUUCACAACCUCUGUGGUCCGUAGAAGCCACUAUGAGGAGGGCCCAGGGAAGAAUUUGCCAUUUUCAGUGGAAAACAAGUGGCGGUUACUUGUUAUGAUGACUAUGUACUUUGGAUCUGGAUUUGCUGCACCUUUUUUUAUAGUAAGACACCAGCUGCUUAAGAAAUAAGGAUGUUUUAAUUAAUCCAUUAAACAGGUGUGAAAAGGAGCAUUUUAAGAGGUGCAGUCUCUUUGAAAAAUGGAUCAAAUUCUUGAAUUCAACAUACUCAAUAUGUUUGUAAAUAAACUUAUGGCAUGAAUCCUUAAUGCCUCUUCUCUGAAACCUGGAA